AUGAUAUAUACAGAUGCUGGAGUUGAUGAAGAUAAAGCAACAAUAAGACCAAAUCAAACACAUCAAUUUCAAAAGGUACAAGAUGAAGCAAAAGAAUGGACAAAAAAUAAAUUUUUAGAAUUUUUAAAUAAUUUUAAAUUAAAAAAAAAAAUUGAUAAAAAUAAUAAUAAUAAUAAUAAUGAAGAUAAUGAAGAUAAUAAUGAAAAUGAAAAUGAAUAUGACGAAAAUGGUAUUAAAAAAGAGAAAAUAGAUAAAAGUUAUUAUCGUCAACAAGUUGAAAGAAUGAUAAAAAAUGAUAAAUCAAGUUUAUAUAUAGAUUUCUUACAUUUAGAGAAAUUUGAUAAAGGUUUAGGAAAAGCAUUAUUAAUGGAAUAUUUUAGAUUAGAACCAGCGAUAAGACAAGGAUUAUCAAUUUUUAUACAAAAAUAUUUUCCAUCAUUUAUGGAGAGAGUUAAUAAAGAAAGGAUAGUAUUAUCAAUUUGUUGUUAUAAUGUUUCAACGUUUGUACAUAUUAGAGAACUUAGAUCAAGUAGGAUAGGAUCAUUAUGUUCUAUAUCGGGUACAGUAACGAGAACGUCAGAGGUUAGACCAGAGUUGGUUAUUGGGUCAUUCAUUUGUAAGGAUUGUAAUACCUCAUCGUUACCAAUAGCCCAACAAUUUAAAUAUACAGAACCAACCAAAUGUUUGAAUCCGUUAUGUUCAAAUCAACGUCGUUGGAAGAUAAAUUUAGAGGAGUCGACAUUCACUGAUUGGCAAAAAGUUAGAGUUCAAGAAAACAAUUCCGAAAUUCCAGGUGGUAGCGUACCAAGAUCAUUAGAGAUCAUUCUACGUGGUGAUUCGGUUGAAACCGCUAGAGCUGGUGAUACAUGUACAUUUGUUGGUACGAUGAAUGUAAUUCCAGAUGUUUCUAAAAUGUCCAUUGGUAAUAAUGCUCAAAUUAUCAAGGGUGUAGCAUCGAGCACAAAGGAAGGUUCAAAUGCAAAUGGUAAGGAUGAUUUUGGUGGUGUUGGUGGUUUAAAAGAUUUAGGUGUUAGAGAAAUGAAUUAUAGAGUUUGUUUCUUCUCUCAAAGUGUUCGUUCAAAUGUUUCAACACUUUCCUCAAUCAAUCGUAAAGAAUCUGGUGAUAAUCAUGGUGGUCAUUCUCAUUCAGUUGGUAUCAUUGAUGAAGAUUUAGAACCUGAAUCAAAAGAAUCCUUUUUAGAUUCUUUACCAAAAAAAGAAAAAGAUAGUUUAAAGAAAAUGAUUAAAAGUAAAAAAAUUUAUCAAAAUUUAGUAAAUUCAAUUUGUCCUUCAAUUUUUGGUCAUGAAGAAAUUAAAAGAGGAGUAUUAUUAAUGUUAUUUGGUGGUGUACAUAAGAAAACACCAGAAAAGAUUAGAUUAAGAGGUGAUAUUAAUGUUUGUAUUGUUGGUGAUCCAUCAACAUCAAAGAGUACAUUUUUAAAGUAUUUAGUAUCAUUUUUACCACGUACAGUUUAUACAUCUGGUAAAGCAAGUAGUGCAGCAGGUUUAACGGCAACAGUUGUAAAGGAUCAAGAAAGUGGUGAUUUUAAUAUUGAAGCAGGUGCAUUGAUGUUGGCAGAUAAUGGUAUUUGUUGUAUUGAUGAAUUUGAUAAAAUGGAGCCAGGUGACCAAGUUGCAAUUCAUGAAGCAAUGGAACAACAAACCAUUUCCAUUGCAAAGGCGGGUAUUCAUGCAUCAUUGAAUGCUCGUACUAGUAUUUUAGCAGCAGCAAAUCCAAUUGGUGGUCGUUAUGAUCGUAAUAAAACUUUAAAACAAAAUUUAAAUAUUGGUGGUCCACUAAUGUCACGUUUCGAUUUAUUCUUUGUGGUAUUGGAUGAAUGUAAUCCAGAAUCUGAUCAUAGAAUAGCAGAGCAUAUCGUGUUGACUCAUCAAAAACGUGAAAAAGCAUUCAACGCACCAUUCUCUGCAACUGAAAUUAAAAACUAUAUAAAGUAUACAAAAUUCAUUUGUCCAACCAUUCCAGAUGAAAGUGUACAACUAUUGGUGGGACAUUACGAUAGAUUACGUCAAAUGGAUACCAGUGGUUCAAAAACUCCAGCAUACAGAAUCACAGUUAGACAAUUGGAAUCAUUAGUUCGUUUAUCGGAAUCAUUGGCUCGUUUACAUUUAGAUACAAAAGUUUUACCAAAAUAUGUAAAUGAAGCUGCAAGAUUAUUAGAGAAAUCAAUAGUUCAUGUUGAAACAAAUGAUGUAAUUUUAGGUGAUGAUGAUGAUGAUUUAGUCAAAAAUGUUGAAAAUGAUAACGAUAACCAUGCUGAAGAAGAUGGUGAUGAUGGUAUUGGCAAAUUAACUAUGAAUUUUUCAAAAUAUUCACAAUUAUCAAAAUUAUUAGUUUUACAAAUUAAACAAUCAGGAAAAGAGAAAUCUGGUAUAAAACAAAUUGAUCUUAUCGAUUGGUACAUUAAAGAUCAAUUGGAGUCUGGCAUAAUCACUGAUGAUGAAGUUACAAAAGAAACUAAAAUCACUAAAAUGGUUAUCAAUAAAAUGAUAAACAAAGACAAUUCUCUUGUUGUAUUAGUACCAAAUCAAUAUCCUGAUCAUAGAAUAUUAAUUAUACAUCCAAAUUAUUCAUUUGAUAAAUAA